ACGUUUUCAGACUUCCGCUACAUUCAAGGGCAUCGCAAAGCCCCGUUGGUUGAUUCUAGCUACAGCUUUACACACGUGUGCUGUCAAAGAAUUCCCUAAAGUCGUGGUUCUGAGCCAGAUUCGGGUAGACAUGGACAGCUUUGGGUCCGACUUUUCAUCUGGAGGUUCUGGAGCUAAAAUGGACACCGGAACCAUCAUGGAGCAGGUUAAAGUGCAGAUCGCGGUGGCUAACGCGCAAGAGCUUCUGCAGAGAAUGACUGAUAAAUGCUUUAAAAAGUGCAUAGGUAAACCUGGAAGUACUCUGGAUAACUCUGAGCAGAAGUGCAUUGCCAUGUGCAUGGACCGAUACAUGGACGCCUGGAACACGGUAUCCCGGACGUAUAACUCCAGAUUACAAAGAGAACGAGCUCGUCUGUGAACAUUCUUCCCGUCUGCCGAGAAUCUCAACCAUAAACCUCCAUGACAGGCAAACAGAGCCUGUGGACUCCUAACCAGAAGGGCGUUUCUGGACAGUUUUACUUUAUCUUUGAGGAUAAAAAAGAAGAAAAAAGUCACUAAUAAAGUUUAAUUGUUCCUUCCUGUAGUUUUUACAGCUGUAGUGCUCAUAAACCUGGAAAAAGUAAUGUUAACAUAAUGAUAUGACGUCACAGGAAAAUGAAGUGCAGUUUAAAUUAUCUAUAAUCAUCAAUAAACAGAACUUUUUUUGUAAAUCUGA